GAACUUGUAAGAAGAAGAAAAGAAAGAUGGCGGCAGGUGGAAUGAGCUCCGUGCAAUGCUGAGGCAGACUUACCUGACAGAAAACACCAAGAGUGAAACGCUGCUACUCCGAGUUCCGACCAGUAUUCUGCAGAACUCACCUUAAGCUACACACGGAAGCAGGACAUUAAUGGCGAGGCUGUUCGGCUUCCUAUGGCGACUCCUGUUGGUUUUCUUCCACGUCAACAGAUCCGUCGUCUCCUGGCUCCGUGUCCGUCUUCGGAGCUUAAAGGGCCGUCUGCUGGAGCGGGCUGUUGCCACUCUGCUCCUGCCGGUGGCCCUGUCUCGGUUCUCUGACCACCAGAAAAAGUCAAAGCAUAGCCCCGACGCUAGCGCCGCUCCGAGCGCCGAUGGAAACCCCGCUGACUGUCAACGGGCUCGGUGGCUGUCAGACGGCAAAUCUCUGGAGAAGCUGCCGGUCCACGUCGGCUUGUUGGUGGCGGAGGAAGAGCCCAGUUACACUGACAUAGCUAACCUGGUGGUGUGGUGUAUGGCUGUCGGUAUAUCUUAUAUCAGCGUCUAUGAUAAUCACGGCGUUUUUCAGAAGAACAACUCCCAUGUACUGGAGCAGAUAGUAAAGCAGCAGCAGGAUCUUCUGGGUGUAGAUGGACCCAAAUACAGUGUGCAGUUCCUGAGCAAUGGCAAUGACCACCAGUACCAUGUUGUGUCCUGCAGACCCACCGUGAAAGUGUUGUCUCCAGAGGAUGGAAAACAGAGCAUUGUCCAGGCAGCACAGCAGCUCUGCAGCUCUGUGGAGAACAAGGAGAGGAGCUCCAAAGAUGUCAGCGUCACCAUGCUGGACAUACUUCUCAGAGAGUCAAAGAAUAUUCCAGACCCUGAGCUGGUGGUGAAGUUUGGUCCUGUGAACAGUGCACUGGGAUUCCUCCCCUGGCACAUAAGGCUCACUGAAUUUAUCUCCCUGCCCUCCCACAGAAACAUCUCUUAUGAGGACUUGUUGGCUGCACUGCAGCGAUACAGCAUGUGUCAGCAGCGGCUCGGACAGUGACGUGUAGACCAGCGUCAUGUUCUGCUGAAGAAGUGUGGGCUUCAGGGUAAACAGUAAGACGGCUCAAAGUUACCUAACUGAAGAAACCAGCUCACUCCCUGACACCGGCUCUUGUCUUGUAAUAGACUCACAUUCCAAGACUUGGGAAACAUGCUCUUCAAAUCAAGAGAAAAAAGCACAUCACACACAAAGAGUAACAUGAGAAGUUCUGCAUCGACUCCCUAUUCUGUCCUCUCAAGCCCUCUGGCACACUUAUUGAUCUCCGGCUGCCACUUCCUGAAGUCUGCAAAGGAGAUAAAAGCCUGGGAAAUGUAGCUACAGGUAGCUACAGGAGACGCUCAGCUACAAACUGCAAAUGAGCUAAACAGUGAAAGUUAAGCUUAAGAACAGAGUGUUUAAAGAUGUUUAAAUAUGAGAUAUUUUAUGUGGUUCCUGUGCUCCACCCAGCCACCAGUUGUGCUCAUGUGUAGUGUAACGUUUCUGUCUGACUGAAGGCCUGAAAUAAAGAAAUGCGCCGUCUGUGUAUCUGCUCACAUUCAAUCAGUUUCACCAUACUUAACAACAGAACCAUUAUAACUUGACCUAUUCAUUUUGACUAGCUUGGUUUUCUUUGAUUGAAGACUCCACCAUACCAUGCGUGGGUCAGGUAAUGACAAGUUAUCUCAGCCUCCAUCAAUAAUGCAGAUCACGAGCUCUACUAAGUUAACGACUUUGUCAAAUAAGACCUUGAACAGACUGUUCACACUGAAGAUGCAUCUCAUUUUCAUAGAUUUGACAUACAUUUCAUGUUCCAGUAAUACCACUCUGUGUGUUCAAAAAGUAAAAUGUCAAUAAAAAUUGUAAUUAAUUUUCAAUUCA